ACUGAGUUCAGAGGAAUAUAAAUUACAGCAGUUUGUGCCCAGGGUGUUGGAUCGACCUGAGGUGAGGCUGGCUUGUUGCAGACGGAUCACAGCUGGAGACAGGAUGAACCCCUUCAUUCCAAUUGUGCUUGUGAUCUGCAUUUACCUGUCAGGAUCUGACAGUGCAGGCCUGGAGGGGAAAUCAUUGAUAUUUCCAGAGCAAACAGCCAACAGCUAUGUCAGAGUUUUCCCAUCGUCUUUCUCCAGUUUGACUGCCUUUACCGUCUGCCUCAGGGCCGCCUCUGAAGCGUCCCGCGAUUACAGUUUGUUCUCCUAUGCAACGUCCAGACAUGACAACGAACUACUGAUUUGGCAAACGGCUGAUGGACACAUCUCCCUGUAUUUAGGUGGUAUUGUCGCAAAGUUUUCCCUCCCAAAAAUGGAUGCCUUGCUGAGACACAUUUGUAUAGCCUGGGAAUCUAAAGAGGGUUCAGUAACAGUCUGGGUAAAUGGACAACGCAGCCUACAGAAGGUUGGUGGGAAGGGUCAGUUUGUGGAAGGUUCUGGUCAGUUUAUCCUUGGUCAGGAACAGGACAGCGUUGGGGGAGGUUUUGACAAAGGUCAGUCCUUCGUAGGGGAGAUAACUGAUGUUCACAUGUGGGAUCAUGUGCUGGAAACUAGUGAGACUGAGUUGAUAAGUGAGGGUUGUUUCGGUACCGGAGGGAACAUUAUCAACUGGGGAACAACAUACUAUAGAUCAGCAGGGAACGUGAGAAUUGAAGACAAUAACGAUUGCAAAGUUUAAAAUGAUUUGGUUACAAAAAGGAUUAAAAUGUGCACAGGGAACACAGUCUCCCCAAACUACUUUCACUGACUAUGACCUUUCAUUGUGACCUUUCCUCUCUAAAUCAGAUCAACUGUAGAAGUAGUGAAGUAGAUUCGAGAAUAAAGGGCUGUUUACCUCUGGAUAAGGGACAACUCACUGAGUCCUCCCAGUUUAUCAUCACCCUCACUGACGGGGGAAUGGCUUCAGACUCAGGACACAAGAGUCUCAGCCAUUCUCUGUCACAUUGGGAGAUGGACAGGGAUCAGGGAACUCUGAUGGAUGUCUACAGGGAUCAGCAGGGUGUAAACCCCAGGGUACUGCCCCUCACACUGAGCCUGACUGAACCCCAGAAAUAACACCAACUGCUCAGGACAGACAAGUCCUCCCUCCUUAACCAGACACCUCUCCUCAUCCAUCCUGCUGGAACCCUUCCUCAAAUCUCACCAGGAACAGUUCAGCAUCCCAAUUAAAAGGUGCACCAGCACAAAGCAGUGUCAGGGACAUUUGGUGCCAUCUCUCUGACACACACAUGCAGACAGUAAAGUGUCAGGGGUGCGGGUGUGAUGGUGAUGGGCAGACACGGACUGUGGGAAAGUCCCUGUGGUGGAAGCUGAUCCUGCUCUUGACUUAGAUUGUGCUGAUUGCAACUAUUACUGCCUCUCUCUGUAUUACCCUCUUGAUGUCACAUUGUUUGUUAACCUCCCUUUGGAAAGCUCACAAUAUGUACUGUACCUCGAGUGACUGAGAUUGAACAGUAACACUGCAGUUUCAUCAGCUUAGUAAAUUAGCACCAAAA